UCACGGUUCUUGAAAUAUAUUUUACUUCCUUGUUGAAAAUCUGUUGGACAGAUAAAGGUGUUUUUCAACAACAAAUACCAUGCCUCUGAAGAAAGAAGAUGCUUCUAGGAUUAAGAAAAACUAUAAAAAUAUUAUUGAAAAUCUGAGGCUUGACAGUAUAUUAGAUCAAAUGAUUGAAGAUGAGGUUUUUGAUUUAGAUGAUUUGGAAAAAAUAAACUCAAGAGCAACACAAAAAGAUAAGAAUAGGGAAUUUGUUACACUCCUCAUUAGAAGUCAUCAAAAAGGAUAUGAAGUAUUCAUCAAGUGUUUAAAAGAAGAUGAUUCAUACAAAGAUAUAGCACAACAAAUAGAGGAUACAAAAGUAGAGAUAAUUCAAGAAGAAAAAAUUGAGGAUUGGAUUGGAGACAGAAUGCCAUCUGACAAAGGAGGGAAGUAUUUAAAAGACAUUGACCUUUUGUGUUUUAGUAAGGCUAUAACACCAGCACAUUUACAGAUAGUUGGAACAUGUCUAGGAUUUUCCAAAGUAGAUGUAGAACACAUUGAAUAUAAACAUUUACGGGCUCCAGAGGCUGCAUGCCAUGACCUUCUUGUUAAAUGGAGGAAUAAACUUGGACAUAGUGCAACAGUUGAAAAACUUAUGGAGAUAUUUUUUAUUGCGCACAAGAACACAUCUGAAUCUAUUCAUGAAGAAAAAAUAUGGGAUGCUCUUGAAAAAAUUUAAAUAGAAACUUGAGUUGAAGAUAGAGUGACAAAAGGAAAAGAAAGUGGACAACAAUUGAUCUACAUCUGUUAUACUUCAAUGAAGUAAUGAAUCUAUUCAACAAGACAUGGUUGCCAUUUUUCUAAGACUUUUUUCAAUAGACAAAUAGAAUAUAAAAUACCAGAACAAGGUCAUAAUAUCAACUGGUUUGGAUUUUCUUAAGAAUUGAAAAAUUAAUGACCGUUCAUUAAGUAGUUGUUUGAAGAAAAAAUUAUACAGUAUUACAUCAGGACUUUCAUGAAUCUAUCCACAUUGUAAUGAAUAAGGGAGUUCUGGUUAUAGUGUACAUUUAUUUUCUUUAGAGUUAUAUUUACUAUGAAUUUGAAAUUAGAAUAAUACUUAAAAUUGCCAUCCUGUGACUCUUUUCACAAAAAUAUUAAAAUUUAUCGUAAGUUAUACUGAAAUGUGUAUGACUUACAAGUAUUUUUACUCUUAAGAUUUUUUGUUAAAAGAGCCGCAGUCCUCUUUGAAAUUGUUUUGUUUUAACAUGAAUUAAGAGAAUCAAAUUUUGUAUUUGAGUUUGAAUAUGGCUAAAAUGGAUAACCAGACACAAAGACGCUUCUGUUCAAAAUAUUUCUUGCUUUAAAAGUCUGCAUGAAAUGUGUUUUGAAAGUAUCAUGAUUGUGUGUAAUUAAAUACUGUAAUCAGGGUUAAACACUUAUUUGAAACAGGCAGCAUAUUAUGGGGUAAAGAUGGUUUUUAUACGACCACAAAAAUUUUUGUGGUCGUAUAUUGGUAUGUCGUUGUCGUCGUCGUCGUCGUCGUCCGAAGCCACAUUGGUUUUUCGCACUAUAACUUUAGUUAAGUGAAUGGAUCUCUAUGAAAUUUUACCAUAAGGUUAAAUACCACAAAAGGAAGGUUGGGAUUGAUUUUGGGGGUUAUGGUACCAACAGUUAAGGAAUAAGGGGCCAAAAAUAAGCAUUUUCUUGUUUCCAGACAAUAACUUGUGAAACGGUGUAUGGAUCUCUCUGAAAUUAUACCACAAGUUUCCAUACCACAAAGGGAUGGUUAGGAUUUGCUUUGGGGGGUUAUGGCUCAAAAGGUUUAGGAAUUAGGGGCAAAAAAAGGGGGAAAAACAAGGUUGUCCUGGUUAAUGGACAAAUACUUUAGUACAAAACAUAAUUUAAAGCAGUGUAAGGGAGAUAAAUCAAAUACAUCAUUUGAAUUACCUCCCUUACACUGCUUUUAAAUUAUGUAUAAAGUAAUGGUUAAUGAACAAUUAAGACAAUUUAAAACAGUGUAAGGGAGGUAAUCCAAAUACAACGUUUUGAUUACUUCCCUUACACUGCUUUUAAAUUAUGUUUAAAGAAAUGCAUAUUUAUAAAGGAAGACCAGUAAAAAUAUCUGCAGAUGUUGCAUCUUUUAUUUUUACAAAAAAAUCCAUAUGAAAGAUUUGACACCAUAUUUUAAAUUCUAUUAUAAAAUAGAUUAAGUUAGCACUAUGGUAAAUUUAAAUGGGUAAUUAUGGUUGCAAACUCCAUUGGAAAUUUGAAUUGAGAUUAUGACCAUAUCUUGAGGGAAAGAAUUUAUUUGGGGGAAAGGGGGGGGGGGGGGGGGGGAGGGGGGGGGGGGGGAGGGGGGAUAAAAAGAAAUUGCAGGCGGUCAAAUUUUUCUCAUUUCAGAUUUCAGAAAUUAAAAAUAAUUAUUCUUCAAAUAUUAUUUUUUUUUCAAAUUUCAAAUAUUGAAAAAUUUCAAGAAGUAAUCUUUAAGUGCACAGUAUGGCACAUUAGAUUUGUAAAAUCUUUGACCACAUUUAUUUAUUUGUAAUGCCGAAUCUAACUGUGUAUUUAGAUUUUUAAUUUUGGGUCCAGUUUUCAAAUUGGUCUACAUUAAGGUCCAAUGAGUCCAAAAUUAAACUUAGUUUGAUUUUAACAAAAAUUGAAUAUAUGGGGUUCUUUGAUAUGCUGAAUCUAAACAUGUAUUUAGAUUUUUUAUUUGUGGGCCCCGCUAUCAAAUUGGUUCAUGUUGAGGUCAAAAGGGUCCAAAUUUAAACUUUGUUUGAUUUCAUCAAAAAUUGAAUUAUUGGGGUUCUUUGAUAUGCCAAAUCUAACCGUGUAUUUAGAUUUUUAAUUUUGGGUCCCGUUUUUUAAAUUGGUCUACAUUAAGGUCCAAAGGGUUCAAAAUUAAACUUAGUUUGAUUUUAGCAAAAAUUGAAUUCUUGGGGUUCUUUGAUAUGCUGAAUCUAAACAUGUGUUUAGAUUUUUGAUUAUGGGCCCAGUUUUCAAGUUGGUCCAAGUUGGGAUCCAAAAUUAAACCUUGUUUGAUUUCAACAAAAAUUGAAUACAUGGGGGUUCUUUGAUAUGCUGAAUCUAACCAUGUAUUUUGAUUUUUGGGCCCCUUUAUCAAAUUUGGAACACAUUGAGGUCAAAAGGGUCCAAAAUUAAACUUUGUUUGAUUUCAUCAAAAAUUGAGUUCUUUGGACUCUUUGAUAUGCUGAAUCUAACCAUGUAUUUAGAUUUUGGAUAUUGAACCAUAAUUGGUAAAUUAAAAUUUUUUUAAGUUCUUAACACAUUCAUUCUGUGUCAGAAACCUAUGCUGUGUCAAAUAGUUAAUCACAAUCCAAAUUCAGAGCUGUAUCAAGCUUGAAUGUUGUGUCCAUACUUUCCCCAACUGUUCAGGAUUCGACCUCUGCGGUCGUAUCAAGCUGCGCCCAGCGGAGCAUUUUAUUCAAGCUGUCUUAAUACCUAUUAUGGCUCUCAUGGCAACUGUUUUGUGCUUUAUGUUAUUGAUACAGAUUUAAAUGAUCUCCCAACAAACUCAACAAUUUCUUAUUUAAUAUUAAGUACUUAAUUGUUGAGAAAUCGAUGGAAGAAAAUAUAGAAAAUUAUGUUUUUUUUUAGCUAUACUGUGGAUUCAUUUAUUUUCGUGGGUACCAAUUUUCGUGGAUUAACGAAACCUUACCAGUUCGUUGAUAUUUGAUUUUGUGGUUUUGCCGAAUUCCACAUACAAACCUAUAGGAAACUUGUCAUUCAUUGAACAUUUAAUAUCGUGGUUUGCCUGUACCCAUGAAAUCCACGAAAAUUGGUAUCCAACGAAUAAUAAUGAAUCCACAGUAUUAUAUUUAUUACUUUUUAUAACUUAAAUUUUUAUGCAUAUUGUUUUACUUUGUGUGGUAUAUAUGUACAUCUGUUGGUCUGCAUAUCAUGUUUAGAAUAUUAUAAUCUCACCAACAAAAAAUUGCAGAAUCUUGCAACUUGGCAUAAUUUUCAUGCUUAAAAUGUAUAUUGUUCCUUAGGUUUUAUAUUUUGAUAUAUGGCCUAAGGACAAAUUAUGGGAAAAAUAAAUUUCUUGAUAACCAGUAAAUCGGUAAAACUCUCCCAGCUACUAAGGAUAAAAAAAUAGAAACUUAAAUGACAAAUCAAUUUACAUAUGCAAACUUAUGGGGUAUUGGAAAUUUCAUGCAGCCCAUUGGGGAUCAUCAGAGAGGAACUGUUGUUCUAAACCACUCUUAUACCAUUUAAGAUAGUAUCCGGUUAUCCAGUUAAUACUUUAAUCAUUGCUUAAUUUAUAUUGUUUAUAUAUAUAUAUAUAUGAAUAUAGGAAUUAAAACAUGGUCUUGGAAAUUUUGUAUGGCCCAUGGUGGCAGGGUCUUAAAAAUUGAUUCUACCCUGUCACUUGGAUAUGUAGCCAGUUGAUGACAAGAUGUCAAAUAGAUAAACUAUGUUUUAGACAAUUCAGGUUUUAUGACGGAUUAUAUUUCAAAAUUUAAAAAAACAAACUUGGUAACUCACUUCAAAUGAAUUCAUUAGUUGUAUUAUGUCAUCUGUGACUUUGAUUGCAAAAAGUUGCCAAUUGAUAAACUUGUUACAUAAAAAGCUUGAGAAAAUUGUAUUUCAAAUCUCCCAAGCAAUAUUUUUGUGACAUGUUCUUUAUAGAAUGUUGCCAUUGUGUAUAAUGCCUAAUCAAUAUAUUUUUACUUUGUUGCAUGUUUUAAUACAUAGACAUUAAAAGAAAAUUGAAACAAAUAGGAUUAGGGGGUAUCCUGGGGUUUUAGUUAAAGGUUUAUUGUACAAAAAAAUAAAUAAGAUUUUGCAGUAUAUUUUGUUAGUAAUCAAGUACACCAACAAUACUGUUUAUUUCUGUGUUCUUUUUGUUUAUCUGUUUGUUGUGUUAUGUUUUGUUUUUGUUAUGUUUUGCAAAAUACCUAAUGGUGGAAUCGUUUUCUCUACUGGCAUAACUAGCUGUCAUAUACAAUAAAAAAUACUUUGAAGUAGGUAGGGGAUGAAGUAUAAAGAGAAUACUUGAGGAGGUAAAUUUUUUUCCCAUAAAAUUCUUAUUUAAUUUCAAGAUCAUCACAAAAAAAGGUUUUUACAGUUGUGCCAUUUAUAUUAUUUUUUAAGAAUUAAUUGGAAUUUAAAUGCUGUAAGUUUUUAUGGCACUGCCUUAAUUUUUUUCUUGAAAAAGGAAUGGUGCAAAACUUACUUUACUUCUUUCUAUAUACCCCAUACCCCUGCUGCAUUAUAAAAAGAUUUUAGUAGCUUACUACUGUUAGCCCUGUUUAACUAUGUGUUAUCUUAUCGAGAAUGUCUGUCAUAAUGUUGUCACAUGUUUAGACGUGUAUAAUAAAAUAAAAAUUUGAUGUGGCGGUAUGGUAAUUAACAUUAUUAUCCUGUACGACAGACAAAAUAGCUAUUCUGAAAGGUACACCAUCUACUUGCCACUAUACAUCAUGUACUGUGUUACAACCCUAGAUAAAGCCGAUGAGGAAACUUCAAGGCAUAACUCAACUGACUAAAACUACAUUUUUAUAUAGCCUAGUUAGUGGAGUGGGCUAGGGCACUGGACACAGUGCAGGCUGCGUUGCAACGAUGUCACAGAAGCAAGAGUUGGAAUCCCGAUGAGGGAAGAACAAAAAUUUGCUAAUGCAAAUUUGCACAUCUAACAAUGUUGGGCUAAAUUUGAGACAAAUUAUAUGGCAUGGCAGUCAGCAGGGUUUAAGAAAAUCAGUUGUUUGACCUGCUAGUCAAAUGCAAAAUAUACUUUUUCAUUUUUUGGUCUUUUGGAAAAUGUUGUUUCUGCUGUAUUUAGACCCCUCUACCAAGAAAUUUGUUCUGCAUGCACACAUAUAAAAAUUGUGGUUUUUAUCCAACGCAAUCAUAGGUUUGAACGUUGUUUUCAAUUUAGACUUGUUUUUAUAUAUAUAUAUAUAUAUAUAUACAUACAAUGUAUAUUAUAUUUUUUUUAUUUUUCCAGAGUUUUUCUUUUGAUACAAUUGUACUUGUAAUAUGAGCUUUAAAUGACAUGCAACAAUAUGUUGUCCCUUUUAUGUUAUUGCAGUAUUACAACAUGAAUUUUCAACAACAAUAUUUUAUUAUAUAAAAAACAUAACUUUUCUGCAUUUUGCUGAUGACAUUUAAAGUGUUCAUCAGUUUUGAAAACUGAUGAACAAUGGAAGAUAUUCAUUCAAAUGGUAUACCCAUUUUUUUGUAUAACUUUUUCAAUAAACAUACAACAAAAUUAUAAAUAGAUGUACCAUCAACAUUUUUGAUUGGAAUGACAUUUUGUAAUUGUUGGAAUGCACAUCUUGUGCAAUGAAAUUGGGUCCACUAUUGUAACUUUUUAUAUGUAAUGUAUUGAUUGAUUUAUUAUCUCUUGCAUGUAUAAUUGUAUUGCUGUGCCAAUUCAGGAAAUCACUUUGUCACUUUGCAGCUUCAAUUCACUUCUACUUUAAACUGAUCAGCCAAUUAAUAGAAAAAGCUAAGGCUAUUGCUUGUGCAUAUAUGAGGCAGACAUAGAGUAAUGAUAAUAUAUGUACCAUUCAAUUCAAAUGAUUAUAUUUUGUUUCAAAAGAUGUUAGGCAAAAUCAAACUUAUCCUAUUAAUUAGUUUGAAAAAAGUACUUCAUCAGGACAAUUUGAAUUUGUUAAAUCUAUUGGUAUUGAAUGAACAAAGCUCCAUUGAAGUGCACAAGAAAAACAUGGCAAGAAUCAAACAUUAAAGAUUGAUUCUUUUCAGUCAAGCUUGUUUUGUGUAUUGCGCUAUAAUACCUAAAGUACCAGUAAAAACAAAGUUGCUUUGAAUUGCUUAACAUUUUAUUCUGAAAUUUCUUCAAUAGCAGAUGAAAACUAUUUCUCUGUGUUAAAAUGUGAAGAACGUGCUAUUGAUUUGGCAGUCUAUAUCAAGAUCUACAGCCAAACCAUCGUAUACAUUCCUUUACAUUAAGUAAGAUAUAUAGACUAUUCUCAAUUUCACAAGAUCCCAAUGUUUCUGUUCUUGAUUUAUUUGGUUUAGAACACUAAUUAAAUUUGACAUUAACGUUUAACUAUAAGCAAAAACCACUGAAAACUAUGUUUGUUUUUAGCAAUUAGUAUGAUACUGAAUGGUUUAUCACAGAAUGAAUCUAUUUAGUAUUAAUUAUUUUGACUUGAAGUGAGCGAAAUUGAAUAAUAAAAAUUAUUGCAAUGUUCAUUCAUAAUAUUUAUAUUUUGUUUUGCAUCAGUAAAUUACCCUCCACCUUCAAAGAAAGAAAACAUUUUGUAUAUUUUGGUAUAGAAAAAAAGUAUAACAAAAAUACCGAACUCCAAUGACAGAAUUAAAUGCUAUCAAUCAACUGAACAAGUAAAAAACAACUGCCAUAUUCCUGACUUGGUACAGUCAUUUUCCGAGUAAAUGGUGGGUUAAACCUGGUUUUAUAGCUAGCUUAACUUCCCACUUGUAUGACAGUUGUUUAUAGUUCCUUUAUGUUGACAAAAUUGUGUGAGCAACCCAAAAAAGACCUAAUAGGUUAAUGUAACAAUAAAGAAAGGAAUAUUUGUUCAAUCGUAUUUGUACCAAACAUUUUACUAGGUCAGAGGGACAUUUGGAUUUAAUAGAUCUUGCUAUGUGUUUAUUUUACCCACUUGGUUGAUAUAAAACUUUUUUCUUGAUGCAAAACAAAAACGUAGUAUGUACGAAAUAACCCUCAUGAUAUUUACUAAUAUUCACUUAAUUUAGGUGACAUUUUGUCCAUUUAAUGCAUGUUUGCUUUUGAAACCAUUGAGAUAGCUUCACCUAGCUAAAACUAAUCUAUGCUUUAAUAAUCUUAAGCCAGAUAUCUUUGAUGUAUUUUUCUUCUUAAAUGAUUAAUAUUUCAUCCAAUUCAUACCACUGUUUAUAUAGCCAGACAAUGGUUAAAUAGUUUCUCUGCACUGACCAUAGUCUGUAGAAAUCAAUUAAGGAUGAUGUAUUCCUGGUGCUUCUUUAAGAAGGAAAUAUUCGACUGUUCAUUCCAUUGUUAUGAAUUUCUAAAUGAGAAUACAGACUACUAGGAGGAAUCAGUCUUUUAUUAAAUGUUGAGCAUAAUUUUAGCAAAGUUUUCAUAAUAUAUCAUUGUUUAUAACAUAUUACAAUGUGAACGAUUUUUGUACAAGAGUGCUUUUUAAUAAAACAUAAGUAUCAUGUU